AACCUUGAUGGGUGGAUGGCACCGUGUCAUUCCAGUGUAAUUCUAACAUGUUUUCUCGCUGGUUCUCUCUCAUGCUUCCAUGAGAGAGAACCGGCCGUCAGAAACCUCCAGCUCUUUCUUGUAUCAGUCAACAUGUACCGAGUCCGAUAGAAAUUUCAUCCCAUCUAGUAGUAACGGCUAGCCUUUCCUAUGACCGUCUUUGUGCAGCAGAGUUCAAGGAAACAGGCUUAGAUCAUCUAGAAAUUCGAAGAUUACAAUUGCAUGCGUCAAAGAUCCAUCACAUGCUAGAAGAAUUUCUUCAUGAUCAUGGAACCGACUCCAGGUCCCAUGGGUUCUCACAUGCAGUUUCGUUGUUGGAAGUUGGCUUUGGGGAGGCUGAUGCUGUUCUUGCAUUCAAGGACGGGAUCGGGAACUAUCCAGCGGGAGCCUUGGAUGAUUGGAAUUCUGGCAAGCGAUCAGAGAACUGUUCGUGGGCUAGAGUCACUUGCAAUCUUAAGCUGCAUGUUUCUGCUCUACACUUGUCUUUGCUGUAUUUGAUUGGUUCGUUGGGACCUUCGCUAUGCAAUCUUCCGUACCUCGAAGACCUCCAUCUGGACCAAAACUUUCAGCAAAGCGAGAUUCCUCCGGAUUGAUGACAGCUCUCGAGGUUACGAAUUCCGAACCUGGAAGACAAUCUGGAUCUCAGCUACAACAACUUCAAGUGGUAAUCUGCCUGCGGACCUUGGGAGGCUGUCAAGUGCGAAGUGCAUCUCAUCCGCAACAAUAUGUUCGAAGGAGAGGUCCCUCAAUCUUUAACAAACAUGAGCUUGCUCACCUAUCUAUCUGAAAAUUUCCGACAACAAGUUCAGUGUUCGUUUGGAUGCGUUGAAUCCGUUGAGGAACUCAAGCCUCCUGCAAUCUCUGUUUCUGGGAAGAUGGGAUCUGGUCCAGAAUUCAUUCACUGGAAGUCUCACGGAUGAGAUGGAUGUCCCAGAAAUCAUCUUGGGAGAUUACAAUAUAACAGGCUCAACACUCCUCAUCAAGAUCCAGGUCUUGUGACUGUAUAGGGUAAAUCGGACUGGUGAGACUCCACCGGAUUUGGGGAAGCUAUAGACCUUGAAAUACUUUAUACAUGAAAACAACAAUCUUACAUACAGCAUUCCACUUACCCCAUCCAAUUGCAGUGCCCUGCAGAUUAUCAGACUGACAGUAAGAAUUCUGUAGGAGUACAGCUGAUGCACACAAAUUUUGCAGGAUUGGAAUCCCUGAAAAUGGUGUCUAUCAACGGGACCAAUUCAGUGAACUAUUUAUCGUCACAUUAUGGGACUGCCAUAAUCAGGAGUUGUUAGAUUGAGUUGGAACCACUUCUCGGGGUGUUGCCAAAGUUCCAUGUCCUGAAUACAGAGUUAAAUCAGGCGCCAUCAUACAGGCUAAUAUAUCUUCAGCUGCCGCACUGCAAGUGUUUUACCUCUCUUCCAACCAAUUCACCGGUGUAUUGACUCAGAACCUCUCAGGAUUGGUGACCUACAAGCUCCCCUUGAAGAGAACGGAAAUCCCGGCAGCAAACCAGUUUCUAAGAAGGGGCUUGUUGCACAGGAUACCACUCAGGAAAGGAGAAAUUACUUUGGAAUACACAAUCGUGGUCGAAGCACUGAAGUCAUUAGCUGCUUCUGGCAAUAGACUUACUGGAGAACUACGUGCUGAGUUUGGCACAUUGCACGGUGAUCUUGAUCCUGAACGGGCAGAGUUUGUAUUUUCAUGGUGUGUUCAUGAAGUUGUUCGUAGUAGGAGCUUCAGAUUGAUUUGCAUCUCAAGAUGAAAUCGGUCUUCUUAGAUGUACGUAUCGCACACGAAUUCAUUUGAUCACGUCAAUUUGGCUGGCAGCGCGUGCAGAUUACGAGCUUGUGCAACUAAGAGGGCAGUUUUCGUAGAUAGUUUGAAUCGGUUAAACCUGACUAGAUGUGUAACAGUUAAUGGGGUGGGUGUACAUGCCUAGCCUUAGGGUCUAGUCAUUUAAUUAAGGAUUAUCUAUUUCUUUAUCGGAAAAACAAAAGUAGAUUAAAUUAGCUAGAAUGACCAUAUGGUAACUCAUCAUUUAGGUCUGUAUUCUACCCAAAUCCGGUAGAAUCUCACGAGUUAGAUUGGUUCUAUAUAGGUCAGUUUCUUUGAACUCUGCUGCACGAAGACGUUCAAAGGAAAGAUGUUGGCCGUUAGUGCUAGAUGUGAUGAAAUUUCUCUCGAACUCCGCAGAUGUUGACUGAUGCAAGAGAGAACUAGAGGCUUCUGACGGCCAGUUCUCUCCUAUGGAAACGGCUGCACGGACUAUGCUAGAAGUGGAAUGGAAUGACCCGGUGCCAUCCUGGCAUCAAGGUUAAGGUGGGACAGAAGGUUGGACUGAUGGGAUGGAUUCAAUUAUGGCAUUAAUACAUGAUGCUCCCAAAGCCCAGCAUUUGUUGUUUCUCAAGCAAGU